AUGGGGGUAUUUGUAUGAAAAAUAUAUUAAAAUUUGAAAUUUUUAUGUUAAUUUAUCCAUUUUCAGCAACAGCAGCUGAUAAAACAGCUUCAAGAACAGCAUUACGAACAAUAUAUGGCCCAAGUCUACGCUCAACAGACCCAAUCCCAAGCCGAGAUGUUGGAAGCAACCAAUGGCCGCAACUCGGACAACUCUGACUCGGAAUCGGGCCCGAAACCAGCCGAAUCCUAUCUUCAGGAAGGCCUGGAACGCCCCAAAGAAAAGGUCGAAGACGAAGAAGGAGACGAUUCGGAGGUCUCGGAAACCGAAAUUCAUCAUGAAUUGGAACAGUGUAAGUGGAAAUGGAUUCGUUUUUGAGAGGAUUCGAUCAUUAGCAGAAUUUUUAGCGAUUUUUUUCACAGAAAAACAAUAUUUUUUGAUGAUUUUUGACAUUUUCUGCGGUUUUCACGGUUUUUGCACCUUGAACUUUUUCUUUUUUCAAUUUGAUUUUGACUAUUCUUUCGAUUUCUACUACUUUUCGACACUUUCACGCACAUUUAUUUUCUAUUUCUAUCUUUUAGUGCCCUCCAUCCACGGCCAAAUGGGCCUUUUCUGCCACUGUAAGCAAAACUUGUGUGUAGUGAUUAUGUUGUAAUGUAAUGUGGAGUGUGCGGAGAUUUUUGUAGCGGUUGAGAGAGGGUUGACGGUGUUUUAGGGGGAUGAUAAAUUCGGUUUCAAUUUUUGGCAUGUAUAACAUAUUUUUUUUUUUUUUUUUUUUUUUUGAAAAUGAUUUUUGAAGUUUUGAGAGCGGUAAAAAGGUCGAUGGAGUGUUGUGAUGUUGUGCCGUGGCUUUCUAGAUGGUUUACUAACUUUUUCACAACACCUUUUUUCCAUUUCGACGUUCUAUACGGUGUUUUCAACUCUUAAAUUAAGGGAAAUUGUACUGGCUGUUAAUGUAAAAUAUGGUGUAGAAUGUCCGGCUUUUCUUGGAACAAUUUCUGAUCAUAAUUUUUUUGUAGCCAACCCCCAAAUUGCGCCGGCUUCGCUUUGGAAUAGCAAAGGCAUCGAGGAAUUCAAGAACAAUAUCAAAAAAGAAGGCCCCGAAGGCAUAAUCAAGGUGGGGCACGGCGAAACGGUCACAGUCCGAGUGCCCACGCACGCGGAAGGCACUCAUUUGUACUGGGAAUUCGCCACCGACUACUAUGACAUCGGGUUCGGAGUGUAUUUCGAGUGGACGGUGGCGGAGUCGAAUCAAGUCACGGUCCAUGUGUCCGAAUCCGACGACGAAGAGGACUACGAUGAAGAGGCCGAGGCUGUAGCGGUCGCUGCUUCGUCGCCGAACGAUGUGGAAAGCGGCGCACCGGCGGGAACAACUCCCAAGCCAAGGGAUCCAAAUAAGCCCAGAAUCGAUGAAGUUAUCCCGGUUUACAGACGGGAAAGCCAUGAAGAGGUAGGUUCAGGGCAUCAGGAAGACUUGUAGCGGUAUUAGGGUGAACCAAAAUAUUUUUCCGAUUUUUUUUUUUAUUUUUUUUUUUGUUUUUUUUUAGCGAAAGAAGGAUUUUUAUAUGAAUGUAUUAUGUAUAUUUUGAAGGUCUUGAACUGCUUUGUCGUAAUAUAUAUUUAAACUAGAGAUGGUUUAUAAUGAGAAUUCAGCAAUAUUUAUAUCAUUUUAUCUCCAGGUCUACGCCGGCAGCCACAAAUACCCCGGAACUGGCGUCUACCUCCUGAAAUUCGAUAAUUCCUACUCCCUCUGGCGCUCAAAGACCCUCUACUACCGAGUAUUCUACAGCAAGUAA